UCUUGAGUGCUUCGCAGAAUUAGUAAGCAUCUAAGAAUUGUGUUGUAUUAAAAAAAAAUGCGGGCACUUAGGAGCUAUUGUGGUACGUAGCGUUGUAGAAAGUCUAAAUUAACCAAUAUUUACAUAAAACUAUUUUGUUCAGGAUUGUUUUUUUUACAACUCCAUAACUCUUUUUAAAACGCAACGUACUUCAAUGAUUAAAAAGAUAUUGGAUCAUAAUAGUAUUAGAAUUCGCUUCAAAGUCAAACCUGAAAUCAAAUCCCUUUAUGAUCGAACCUGUUGAACCAAAUCCAAUAGGAAACGCGAUUCCGAUAGUUCCGAGUUUAUUCGCACAUCCCCACAUCAUUGGAUCGCAUUCGAUCCGUUCGCACCAUCACUGCUUUGGAGCAGAUCACCUCUCUCCCAUCUUUUCUCUCAACACACUCUCUCUCUCUCUCCCCGCGGGGUAAAAACAUCGCCAAAAAGCCAAUUUAAUAAUGUUGUUGCGCCACCCGAGAGCUGCCAAUUCUGUCAGUAGCCUUCCUCCGGAGUAGUUGAUAUUUAAAGUUGUGUUUAAGUUAAAGUUACGCCUGCCUGCCCAAGAAAGCAGCACGAUUUUCAAUUUCUGCGACGUCGCGCUAAAGUGUUUUCCCGACCCUUUUCUCCCCGUAUUUUUUUCCUUCCAACACCCACCCAUAUUUAAAGCUUUCGCUUUCCUGUGAACGCGCCAAAACACCUGAAAAGUCCUCCUAAAACGGUGCAGAUAAUUUUUUACCAAAACCGAUUCGCACGUUCUCGUGGGACGUGCGCUUCAUCUCGCGUUUUUUUUUUCACAUCGAAAGAGUGUGUGGUGAGAGUGUGGUGUUGUGUGCCAGAAAGCAACAGCAGCAGCACAAGCCUUUCGUUUUCUUUCGGCGGUGUGUUUGAAAAAAAAGGACCAGAUUUUAAACUGUUUUUUUAAUAAUCUCAAUUGAAGUAGAAUAGCGAAAGAUAAAAGAGAAAAAAAACGAACCAAAAAACACAGGGCAACACAAGAAGCCAUAUUUCGGAGUGGCGCCAUUUUGUAUUAGAAAAAUUGCGAGAGGUGUUGCGAUCGCAGCACGCGCAGAGUUCGUUCAACUUGCUCUACUCCUGCGUCCUGCAGUACAAAGCGCGCGCGCGCGUGUGUGUGUUGUGUGCGUACGUGUUUGGAGUUGCGUAGGGCAACGGGUAUUAGAAGGAAGACUUGCUGCCCAUUACGAGGUACGCUCUACCCCACACCACUACUACAGCAACAGAAGGCACAUCAAGUGGACACAAAGUGCGCCCUAUACAUACACGCAACACGGGUAUGAUGAAAUUCGUAAAUUCGGACACGACGACCAAGUCGUUGCGGCACGGUGAACAAUAUGAAAAUUGUUCAGAGAUGCUUAUCGAACCAGAUAUGACAUCGCUCGAAGAGCUGGAUCCGGCUAUCCUGAGCUGCGGCCUGCCCGCCAUCGUACUGAACGCGGAGGAUUCAGCGGCAUCAGCGUCGGCGGUGGCUGUGCCAACAACGACAACAACGACGACGAGAAGGACGAUGCGGCCGUCGCUGAUGGGCUCGUUCGCCACUGUUGGCGCCGGCGCGAACGUGAUCCGCUACACGGUGGCCCAUCUGCUGGCGCUCCGGAAGAGUCCGUUCGCGCAUCGGCGCCCGGCCGCUAUCGAUGAGCCGCGCACGGCUCAAUAUCCGAUCUGGAGCCGUACCGGCUUUAACCACCAGCCGGACCGGGUGCGCCGGGUAAGUGGUGGUGGCGACGAGGAUCUGAGCGGUGGAGGUGCGUACGGACGGAAAGGGAACGAUCGUCAACGCGACAAUGGCUACAAUCCGCCAAGAUUUCGACGUAAUCAUGAGUUUAGCAACCGGAACCAUCACGUGAUCGUGAAGAGCUACAGUGGUGCUGCGGGGGGCGAUCCUUGCGCCGGUGGAGGCCAUCCGCUAGGCGGUGGUGCGAUGCGUCUGCAGGACACGAUCAUCGAGGAGGAACCGGAAUGGGUGGCGGCCGGUCCCACCUCCCGUCUCGAUACGAUCGAGCUGCGCGGGUUCGACGAGGACAUGAGCCGCACCGUGGCGGAAUCGCUCAAGACGUCGCCGGUCGGUGUGAAGACGCGCGGCGCCUUCUUCGACGAGCUGCUGCACUACGAACACGUGCAUCCGAAGCACGGCGGCGGUGCCAAGCACGAUCUGUCCGGCGGCCCGGGUGACGGGGAGAGUGUCGUAUCGCACUCGAACAAUGGGUCACCACCGCCGGCACGCAGCACACCGACGAAGGGUGAUAUGAACAACAACAACAUGGUGGGCCGGAAGGCAUCCGGGGGCGGCAGCAGCGGUGCAGGAGGAUGUUCCUCCUCCGGUGUGAACGUUUCCAACUUUGAGGAGCUGAUGAAGUUCGACUCGAUCCUGGGCGAUUCGGGCGACUCGAACAGCAGCUCCCGGUUCAGCAAAUACUAUCGCCGAGGAAGCGGCGUUUCGGCCGGAUCGUCCGGUGCGGGAGGACAUCACUACCAGCAUCACUACACCGGACAGCAGCAGCAGCAGCAGCAACAGCAUCAUCACGUUCGUUUCGCACUCGAACGGAACACCCAUCACUACAACAACGGACAUCAGCAGCAGCAGCAGCAACACCGGCAGGCCGGUUCGGGUCGUUUACCGCUGUCGGCCCUCCAGCAUCCGCCCACCGGGACGGGCGAACCGUUCUUCCCGGGUGGCGCGUCAUCCACCGCACCGAACGCUGGCGAUGCAAAGUCCUUCCAGCGGCUGCUGGAAAUGCUGGCCGCCCAGAACCAGCGCAUGAACCAGCAGCACCAGCAGCAGUACCUGCUGCAGCUGCUGCAAAACUGCCAGGAGACGGAAACGCUGCGCCAGAUGCUGAUGAAGAAGUGCACGCUCGACAAUGCCGGACAGCAGCGCAUACCGACGCAGGCCGAGCUGCAGCAGCACACGCAAUCGAUCAUGAAGCAGGCGCUGCUGCGCAAGAAGAUUGCCGAGCAGAGCCGGUACCUGCUGGAGCAGCAGCAGCAGAACGGGCAGGAACCGAUCCCGGCUGUACAGCAGCUGAUACAAUCGAUCUGCCCGAACGUGCCGCGCAGUCUGUCCGUGCUGGCGGCGGGCAGCGGAUCCGGGCAGCAUGGCGCUGGAGCGGUCGAACAUCAUGCCGCUGCUGGUGCUGGUAGAAGCGAUCCGGGGGCAGUUGGUGGAGGCGCUGUUUAUGCUGGCGGCAAUCGGGCACCGUUGAGAGCCCCCCACCGGCGUUUCUAACGUGCAAGCGUGUGGCGUGUGUUUUGCAAAUGGUUUUCCUAUCCUCUUUCCUGCUCGGGUGAGAGAUAUUUUGCAUUUGAAUUUUAUAUCAUUAUCAUUCUAUUUCAUUUCAUUUCCUUCACACACUCCCACACACGCACAUUCAAGCAAAAGGCACAAAUGCCAUUUCAUUUAAUUUUUCGAUCGUUGAAUUAAUGCUUCUUUUAUGCAGUAUAAUACUACAUUUACUCCUCUCACAUUGCUUGUCCUUUGUAUUGUUGUGUGUGCUGUGGGUGCUGUGUGCUUUGUGUGUAUGUACUGAAACCCAGUCCGGGAAAAAAGAUCACGUUUUCACGCCGUUUCCCACCGUCAUUUUUUGUGGAGGAAAACAGCUCCGGUUUCAUGACUAUUGCUGCGUGCAUCGGAUAAUGAUUUAUUUAGCAGAGUUGUGCGAUAGUUAUUAAGAGUGCAAGGAAGAAAAAGGCAACUCUUGUGACCCAGCCAGUUAAACAAUUUAUAUGAUAGCCUAGACGCGCUUUUGUUACAAACAAAACACGCUACAAAUGCCGUCGCCCAGUCAGUGCGUCGGACGGGUCCCGCUUAUCGAUCGCCUACCACCGGGUUCCGGGUGCAAUAUUUUAAUGUAUUAUUUUUCACUGUCUUACCAUUAUUUCUAUUCUUCGACAUUCGGUUCGGGCAACCGGCUGCUGGUUAGGCAGAGAAGAACCCCCUGUCAAUAUAUAGAAUCCAUUAUUGUUCCUUCCUUUAAUCGCAUUCGGAUGAUUUUUUUUACUUAUUUUUUCUGUUUGCAAACUGAGAAAUGUAGGUUGUGUAUUGUUGUGUCUAUUCUCUUAGUUAAUGUGUAGUGUUUUGGGUUUUUUUCGGUAAUUUUUAUUUUUUUACAUUUUUUUCUAUUUUUAAAAUAAAAUUGUUUCAUUGUGUUGAUGAUUUAUACAGCAAGGAAUGUUGUUGCCCGUUUAGUGUCUAGAAAUUAGGAAGAAAGGUUGAUUUUAUCAGAGACAAAAGAAGAAGAAAACGGAGUGUAAAAAUAUAUUUAGAGAAAUAGCAUAAGAAUCAUAAUCCGUCAUUCCUUAAAAAAAAUCCUUAAUUUUUUGUUAAAAAUGAAUAGAUUGCCACUAAAGAUUGGUAAUUCCGAUCACGAUUCAUGAAUCGGGAAACAAUCUCCGACGUGAAUCAAUGGGUGAUAUCACAGCAGAAAACACGAUUCCAUUUCGAUCGAAGCAAAGCAUCGUUCGAAAACCGACUCAAAUUAGGCAUUGUAUGCGAUUAUUUCUUUUUUAAAUUAAUUUACUAAAACAGUUUUAUGAAAUUGUCCCAAUACAUUUACAGGAGAUUUCUCAGGAUUUUUUGUCCCGUUCUCGUAAUUUGUUAGGUGCGUCUAACGAUUCAUUCAGUCUUUCUCAUAUAUUUCUGGAUUACAAAUUGUUGGUAUCAUUCAAUUGAAUAUUAAUACAAGUAUUCCCCGAUAUUCGCUAUUAAUGCGGAUCGAAGGCAAAUCGCGUAUAUCGGAUAUCAAGGUUUUCAGUGAAAUUACAGCAUAUUUUAGUGUAAUUUUGCUUAAAGUCGUAUUUUUAGCCACUAAAUUAAUUAUCUGUACUGAUUCUAACUGAAGAUAACACUUUUGUAACUUUUAUAAUAGUUUUUAAAAUAGCGUAAAUCGAUUAUGUCGUAUAUACCUGAUUACCAAACCUGUACAAUGUAACAAAAAAAAAUCGUGGAAACAUUCCAAAAAACUAUGGGAAGCACCUAAAAAUGUUGGGAAUCAACCAAAACACCUUGGGAAUAAAAAAAAAAAACAGCUAAAAUUUAAAUUAUUGAAGGAAGCUUUAAGAGAUGUAUUGUCAUAUAAAUAUGGAUGACCACGACAUUGCUUUAUUAGCAAAAACCGAUAACUCCAAACUAGAGUUGUGCCUCAAGAACUAGAAUUGUACAAUUCAUCCAAUUCUUCCUAAAGAACAAACGACCUACGUUCAUCUUAUCUCCGUUCAUCGAUUCCUUAUAAAUCAUGAUGUACUGAGUUGGUUCUGACAAUAACGUCCUACGCGUCGAAAUAAAGAACGUCUAAGUACGCCAGGUUGUUCAUGUCCUCCCAUACAAAUAUGAACGUGAACCAUAAUACCAGGACGUUCAUGAAAAGAACGACCUAUCCGUUGAAAUAAAGAACGUCC